AUGCGGGUUGCUUUUCUGUCUUCCUUGGUGGCUUUCACUGCCACUACUACAGCUAUUCUCGUCACAUACCCACCGAAGGGAGCAAAGAUUGAUUGGAGCAAGCCUGUCACAAUCAAGUGGGAUUCGGUGGAAACCGAUCCUGCCACCUUUGAUCUAUAUCUUGUCAAUCAGGCUGUCAACCCUAGCGUCUCUACUCUUGUCGCUUCCGAUAUUGACACUUCAACGGGCUCUUAUACUAUCAAAGCCAACAAUAAGGAUUUGACUAGCUCUGACACUGGUGGUGGCUACCAGAUCGACCUCAAGUCGAGUAACGGGGAUGGCAUUCUCGCUCAGUCCCAGCAAUUCAAAGUGACUGAUGCCAAGCCUGAAUCUGCAUCAGCGUCUAGCUCUGGUAAGGAAACCAGUACUGCUAGUGAAUCUCUGUCUACCUCUGCUUUGUCGAUUUCUUCCAUGCUUUCCACUUCCAUGGAGAUGUCGACUACUGCUAGUACUCCUUCGACGGCUGCUUCUUCCACUUCUCCGACUAGUACUCAUACCUCCUCCUCCAGUGCGUCUACCUACACCACUUCUUCAUCUAUUACUUCUCCCACUUCUACUUCUACCUCUACCUCAUCUUCUAUGACGACUUCUUCUACCAAGACGACAUCGACGAGCACUUCCACUUCCACUUCUAUGAGGACGACCAUGUCUACUACUCAGCACACCAAGACAAUGGAAACUACCUCUACCGCUUCGGCCUUCACCACUUCCAAUUCCGCUGGUUUGCUCACGCCUCCCAACAAAGCCGGCAGUCUGCUUUUGGGCCUGGUUGCUCUUGCUCUCUAA